GGACCACCGCACAGGGCGAGCCAGAACUACAGGCUCGGUGCAAUCCCGGCAGCCGAGCGUUCCCCCCCGCAGCGCCAGCGGCUCUGCCGCACGGUUACAGCGCAGCCGCCGCGCCGGGGCCUGUCCUGGGCCCCCGUUCCGGUCCGGGCCGCCGUUCCGGGGGAGCCGCAGCCGCCGCGAGCAGCACCGCCCCGGCCGUUACCCCACGUGACCGCAGAGGGCUCGCGCGCGGCGGAGGCGCUGCCGGCCCGGCCCCGCUGACGGGAGCAGAGGAUUAUGGCACAAGCUCAUGGUUUGGGGAAGAAAUACCUUAAAGCCUUUUUUAAAGGUUUUUUUGUUGCUGUUCCAGUAACAGUCACUUUCCUGGAUAGAGUUGCCUGUGUGGCGAGGGUGGAAGGAGCAUCAAUGCAGCCUUCUUUGAAUCCUGGGGGAAGACAAGCAUCUGAUGUAGUGCUCUUAAACCACUGGAGCAUUCGAAACUAUGAUGUACAACGUGGGGACAUUGUGUCAUUGGUCUAAUGAGUGCUUUAUAAAUGACCCUCUGCUCUCGUGCCAUACAUGAAUACCAGCUGCUCACCAUCGCUCAGAGGUGACGGGCAUCAAUGCACCAGCUUCCAUUGCCAACUCCUGUCACAACUUGUGUAGCUGUGAAUGCCACUCGGAUUUAUGACUUCAACCAGUCAGCCUAUUGCCAUCUCAGUGCUGCAAAAGUAGUGGGAUGCGUGCAGUUGUUGCAAAUUGCUGUUUCCUUGUGUCAUGUCCCCUUUAGUUGUAACAAAAUGAAAAAAAAUAAAUAUUUUUUAGAGCUAAAGCUUAAGCUGUUUGUAAACAUUUAUUCAGCUUAUUAUAAACACUCUACUGACAUCAUGUCACUCAGAUACACAGGAAAGAGCAAGGGCAACAAUAAGUUUUCAUGGUUUUUAUACCAGGAGACUAUACCUGACAGCUUUGACAGCUUUGCCUUCUAGAAAUUAAUUAGUAGAAUUUCAGGUUGCCAGUGUUCUUCAGUUGAUUGUUUACUAGGACAUGUCUGGUGAUGCCAGAAUUUCACUGCUUAUUAAAGAUUUCUCACGAUUUUAAAAACAGACUGUACAAAUAUAUUGUUCUUUUCCCAUUUCCUCUGUAACAAAUAAAAUCAGAGAAGAACAAAACAUGCUUUUGUGAAUUCAGAGCAGGUUUUUCCUGUCUGAUCCAAAACUCUAGAAAAAAAUUAGACAGCACUUCAGAAGCAGUAUUUUUAAAUUUAUAGUACUUUUCUAUUAAAAUGACGGUGAAAGAAAAAAAGAAUAGAAUAGGAAUUAUUUUUUUUUUUUUUACCCUUGAAAUUGGUGUCAGUCUCCUGGUUCACUUUAUAGAAAGAUGUUGAUGUCCCAUCUUUCCAUUUUGUGAUCUGAGAAAUUGAUGGUAGAAUUCUCACUGUAGUCAGUAGGGGCCAUGAUAUUAAUAGGUGGAAAAUAUAUUAAAAUUAUUUUUUCAAUAAAAUUUGAAGAACAAGAGAAGCACUGAAAUAGAUGUACAACAGUCUAUAUUACCUAACUCAGUGUGAUCAUUGGUAACCAUUUUGUAAAGCUUAUGUUCUUAUAUUCUCAAAAAUUAUGUUAGCUGUAUCAGCCUAGAAAAGUGAUUAAAUCCUUUUUCCUUUUCCUAUGAUUUUCAAAAUUUUAUAUUGUGUAUAUCCAUGAAAAUAACUCCAUACCUUUAUUAAAACCUCAGUAUCUGCAUUUGUAUUUAUAAUGUUAGAAACGUAACACUGAAACCUGCAAGUUGUGAAGGAUAAAAAGUCAUGUUUAAAUAGAGAAGCAAAAUUACUCCUUCCAAGAGCCAAUAAAAUUGAAAAGCAUUCAUUAUAAAAGUAAUAAAAACUUAUGAGUCCUAUUUUAUUAAAAUUACUAUCCAGUUUCCUGAUGGAUCUGGAUUACUUAGCAGAUAAACCAGUGAUAUUUUAUGUCUCGCAAUGAGGUUUGUCUCAGGUGAGGUCUCCUGAAAUUACAUCAAUGGUUUUAAUGUGAAUGCUAAUGGAUGCGUUUUACAUGAGCACCUUCUUUUCAUAUCGUUCUGCCUCUGUUUGUUUUGGCACAGAAUUAUUUUUGUCUCUUGAUUAAUGAAUGAGAAAGUAUUAGCUUUUUUGAAAUAAUAUAUUAGCACUUUGUUUACUAGGUCUCUGAGUCACAUAUAAUGCUGUUCAUAUUUGAUAUCCGUGUUGCUAUGUAAUCCAUGUUAGAUAUUUUCUUGUUUAUAAAGUAUUAGUCUUUCAAAGAUUACAACGAAGGCUAGUUCAAAUUUAAUGUAAGGGAUUUUAAUAUUAAUAAAUUUUUCCUGAAGCCAUUUUUAUAUCUAUAGAACAGAUACAUGUCAGGUCAAAUUAAGAAAAGGUAAAACUGUUUGCAAAUGUGAAAAUAUUUUCUAUUUAUCAAAUCCAUACCAAUAUUUUUGUCCCUGUUUAAUGAAGUGCAUUAUAUCCUCACAAUAACUAGCAUGUACAGCAGUGGUGUUUCUAGUCAUUUACAUGACUGUCUGAACUAAUCCAUUGAAUAUUUUUAACUCUUUGAGUGUCCACAUACCUUGACUGAGCUAUAUUGAAGUUACAAUGACAGACAAGGAAAGAAAGAAAACAGAGCAUAGUAAUGGGAGGAGGAGACUUAUUUUGGUGGCACAGAUAUUGAAAGUCAACUGCCGUGUGCAAACUGACCUAUAUCAGUAUGAAAGGAAAAACAAAGAGGUCCAGAGGACAAACUUUUUUUUUUUUUUUUUUUUUGUUUGAAAGAGAGAAAAGCACAGAAAAUGAAGAACAAAAGUAUGUAUCAGCCAACACUAUUAAAAGUGCUUUUCUAUGUCAGUGAUUCUCCUGCUUAAAUAGUCAGAAGUCUUCCCUUUGAGGCAUUUAAGUAAUGUAAUUUAAAUCUGCACACUAUAAAAUAUUUCGCUUUGUAUCAAAUGGCCAAAGAAUAAAGGUAUUUAAGAAAAUUAGUGCAAUUCUUUUUGAUCUUCUUGUUUACCAGAUAACAUGAAAGGCAGCAAAGGUCAAUUUUUCCAAUGAAUAGAACUGCAUCACCAGUUGCGCAUCAGGACCUUAUUCUUUGGUUUUAGUUUUUAUGACUGUAGAGCUUACAACAAGCACAUUCUUUUGAAGACUCUUGUCUAUAUGGAGCAAUAUAGAAACACAAAUCCAAAGAAAACUGUGUGUCACAAAUGUGCAGCAAUUACCCAGAAACUGGAAGCUUGGCCUAUUAAUUAGCCUAUAUUGAAUUUUUUUGCUGUUCAUUAUGAAAUCUAGCAAAUAACUGGUUAUGUUCUUCAGGCUGUUUUUGAAUAAAAUUGCUUUUCUUUAAAUUCAACAUGAUGUAAACAAACAAAUGUAAACCACAGGACUAUAACUUAAAACAAAUUAAAAAAUGGACUGAAUAAUGUAAAGGUGCAUUUUCAUGUGACCAGAGGUGAAGCAAAUUUGGUCAAAAAUCUGGAAAAUUGUUGAAUCUACUAUCAUUAAUUAGUGUAGUACUAAUUUUCUGUCAUCAGAAGAUAUCAGAAACUGCCUCCUGUAUCUUUUAGUAUAUAUUUGAGGUUUUCAUAAAAUAAGUCUUAAGAAUCAGCUGGUUUUCUGUCAGCCCAGUUUCUACAAGACGAACAGUAGCAGCUGUCGCAUGAAACACAGAGUUCCAAAAUGCAUCGGAUAUUCUGUAGACAAUAAUAGGAUUUCAUUUAUUCCUGUCUGUAUCACUUAAAAUCACAGUAAAUAAGCUCAAACAGACAGUUGUAACAAAAGUACCUUUGGUAUGUACAUUAUAGUAAGUGCAGAGAGUGAAACUUCAAACUAGUCUCCCAGGUAAAUUUAAAAGUAUUCUAACACCUGACUCAUAUUAAAUACUGAUUUGUUUUAACAAGUGCUGGCUAGGAAAAUAGUGUCUUUCAGAUAAAAUGAAAUUUAUGUUUAGAUCAUUUCAGUACACAAAUAGUCAUGGUUCAUUAUAGAGAAAAGGAAGAUAUCUAAAAUUGAUCAGUCGUAUUUAUCAAACCUCAAAAAAUUUGUGACUAAAUUGUUCUCUCAGAUUUCAUUUCUUAAUGUGGAUCAUCAGCUUCUUCAAUGCGGAAACAAUGACUGUAUUUAGCGUUAUUAUGUGAAAUUCUCUGCUAUUUUCAUUAGCUGAUAUUCCAAAUUUGAGUCAAUUCUCAUUGCAACACACAGCUUUGUGACUACAGCUAACUUCCCAUAGUAGAUUGAGUAUAACAUUGUGAAUAUGUUAAAAUAUAGUUUAUUAGAAGCUAAAAGCAAAGGAUCACUUUUGGCUUAUCUGUUAUCAUUUUUAUAUUAUUUCAAAUAUGUAAAUUAUUACUGUCUUACAAACCAGCACAGAAACUCAAGAAAAUGAGAAAGGUGACUUUAUCAUAUUGUUUUAAAGUUCCCACUUACAUGAGAAAAACCUUGGAAAUAAUUUAAAAAAUCUUAUUUGUGAAAUGAGAAAUUUGUGACAAUAUUUUCAAGAGAUGAAUGAUUAUGGAGAUACUUCACUCUAGGAGUAGCCCUUUCUGAAAAUUAAGCAUCUUUAAUGUGAUUCAGAUUGUGCUCUCAAAAUUCUGGCCUUCUUGGAUUUUUGAUGUGUGCUGCUAAAGGCAGAGAACCUGCAUGAUUUAAAGAGAUGAACACAAUUGUGUGCUAAAAAGAACAGUUCAGUGACUUUUGGCUUAAUACUUGAUUUGUUCUCUUAGUGAUCUAAAGGUUGAAACAAGUUGAUAUGAAAUGAAAUAAGAGGCUGAAAACAAUGGAUAAAAUUUUUAAAUUGUAUUGAGCAGUUUGGCCUACAUGGUCUGGAAUCAAUUGUUGGUUAAUGAACUACAAUAAAAAUAGCGACAGGGAUAAGUAUAGAAUCUACAGCUGUGAAAAAUAAUAUGAGAAGGAGUAAUUUAUGUAUUAGGAAAGUUUGAAAAGUUAGUAAGCAUUGAAUGAUGUCAGGAAAUCUGUCCACAUCUAAGGGACAAGACCUCCUAUGAUAGUGAUAGCAAAGUAUGAUUCUCAAUGUCUUGAGAGGCAGGAUGCAUAUCCUUUCCUCCAAGCUGCCUUUUCUAGUAAUUGGUUGUCCAUUUCUUAGUGUGUUUUUCUGAGUGUUGCAGAAAAAACACUGUGACAUACACAGCUUUUUUGUGUCUCAAGGCAGAUGGUCUGUGCUCUUAUUACAGCUGCAAACCUUUCAUGCCUUUGACUGGAGUUUCUAUCCAAGUUCUACAUUUUACAGUGUACGGCAUUUCUUGCCUCUGCUCCAACUUUCUUUCCUGAACCUGCUUUCCAGGUUCUCUGUAGUACUGAAAGCUGAUAGUAAAUAUGUUCCAGCAUGGUCUGGCAAUAUGUGGGAACCAGACAGAGUUUUCAGGAGCAGGCAGGGGAGCCAGUUGGGCAACAAGAUUCAGUUAUCUCUUGUCUUGGCAGUCCAAGACUCUUUCUCUGCCCAAACACUUUGUGUACUCAUCAUAAAGAGUGGUUCAGGAGAUGACCGGCAUGUAUGCUGGUCACGUCUGCAAUAGGGAAACCUGACAAGUGCAGAACAUGUGUAAAAGAAAGCACAACUUUUUGUAUUUAUCUGUGAAAGUGUGAAGUUUUGUAGGAUGUUCUUUAAUGAAAUAAGUUAACACUGCUAUGUGAUGAAACAACCGUUUAUUCAUCAAAAUACUGUAGGUGUAGAGUAUCUGGAGUCUCUUAGAACUCCCCAUGUAGGCCUCAUGGCAUACAGAUUUGAGGUGAUUUUAUAAAACCUAAGUACAAGAAGGUUUAAAAAAAAAUGAAAAAUUUAAUUUUUAUCAACAGGUAGGUACUUCAGAUUAGAAUCAGUUUGCUGAUUCUUAUUCUGGACUAGUUUUAUUUCUCUUAUCAGAGUAGUUAAAAAUGAUUAAUAUUUCUGACUGAAAUAUUUUUGCAGUUUCUUUUCUGUGAGAAUUUUUAUUCCUUUCUCUUUGAAUGAAAACAAAUUAUGAAAUGUUAAAAAUGUGUUUUCAAUAUAAUUAUUUUUUUUUCUAAUAAAUUCUGAUAGCAAUUUGGAAGUUGAUCCUGAGGGAUAUCUAAGCUUUUAUCAUUAUCUGUGCAAUGGAUCUAUAGCUAUGUUUUAUGCUGGGGAAGCCAUUUGUACAGACAGCUGUUGAACAAAAAAAUGUGAGGAAGGGUUGGUAUUUUAGUUGGUUUUUUAGUUGCUGUUGUUGUUCUAAAAAUUGUCACAAAGUAGCGCUAAAGCCUUGCAACAGACAGAAAAUUCUAACGUGAAACAUUUAUCUCUUAAGUACUUUUCCAUCCACCUAAAUUUGCAAGCUUUUUGUUCAAAUAGUACAUAAAUGUAGCUCUGGAACUGUUUUACUCUGCAGGUUGCUUGCCUUCUCCAUUAUACCACUGCUACGUUUUGUUUUCUUUCCCUUCCCCUUCAAAACUGAUGUCCUCCGCUUCUUCCACUGUAGGAGACUGAGUGGAAGCGUUUUGUCUGAGUUGUGCUCAGGUCUCACACAGAGGUGGGAGCCAGGUUUGUUGGGAAGUUACAGUGUGUCAUUCCUCCAGACAACUCAGCUUUCUCCCCAUUUCCCCACAUUAUCCUUCCCACUGUGGUAUGCUCAGUUCUUUCCUCUGCUGUCUACUACAAUAACUCCAUGUCUUCCCUAGGUUGCCACUGCUUUGUCACUCCGUAGGACUUCUAUUUUCUAACACACUGUAUAAUACCCACCACUGUGUUGUGAAUUCCUACAUAGGGUUGUGGGAGGGCCAGAACUAUGCUAUGGGUCCUCUGGCCACAAUGCAGGCCAUGUGAAACAGAGAAUGAUAAUGGUCACUCUGUAGUCUUUCCAUGAGGAAGUGUUUCCUUUCCCCAAAUGAAUUUUCUUAUAUUUGCAAGAACUGUGAAGCUUAAUAUGUUGAUGUUUCGUACUCACCAGCUAAAUUAGGUGAAAAUUGUUCAACAAAUUAAGAGAAAAUUUUCAAGGGGUGGAUCUGUAGAGAUAGGCAGUGCAAUCAUAUCAGAGGUGAUUCCUUUUUUACUUCAUGAAGAAAAUCCAAGAUACAAAGAUAUCACUUUUGGCUCAGGAUUCUCUGGACCGAAAAUUGCUCAAAGCUAGGAAAAUAAUUCUAGGGUACUUUGAAUACACAGUUAAGCUGUUAUUAAGCUUUUCCCUAAACAUCCAUUUUUGGCUAUUGUCAGACAGGAUCGUGGUUUAGGUGGACUAUCCUUACUUUCUGAAACUAAACUAUAAUAACUAUAAAUAAGUCAGAUAUUUUAGUUUGUUACAAAUUGGAGAGGAUGCUGGUGGGCAGAUAGGAAAAGUGAUGUAAUUGUGUGGUAACAUACUGUAGUAGAGCUGAGCCCCAAAUCAGCAGAAUUAAAGAACUGAUAGGGAAAUACAAGGAAAAGAGGGGUGGAAACGGAACAGGAUGAGUAUGUUGUACAUAAACUAAUACUAAAACCUACAGAUCAAUACAUGGCUGGACUCUGAGACUGACUCCCAAAACUAGGAGCUCUGGUCAUCUGACUUCAGAGCCUUCAAAACCAUUUUGUUAUUUCAGUCUGUUAGAAGCAUUUUAAUAACAGUAUAACUGUCUGAGCAGCUGUUUUUAGCUUUGGGGCACUUCAUGAACAUUAAGCACUGUUCCUAAAACCCCGGUGUGAUAGGUAAAUAAAUCCCUUUUUAGUACUGCCUAUCAUUAAUUGAAAUUAUGGAAAAAACCCACAUUAGAUUAUUUGUCCUUCUAACUUUUGGGGCAGUGUUUUCUUUUAUGGGAGUAGUUUUUUAGAACUUUUUUAUCAUUGUAGUUCUCAGUCAUUUCAUAUAUUAGCAAAAGCAUUUAUUCUUUCUGCGUAUUCAGUUUCUUUAUUUUUUUUCACAUUGCUCUUUCUCUGUUGGGAUUCACAUGUACACAUAUUCUUAGAUUUCCUUUGUGCCUAAAAAUAGGAAUACUGCCGUUUCUUAACCUAUUUUCCCACAUCAUGCCCUUGUAGAUUCAGAUUCACUUUGAAGAUUCCUUGAGUAUCUUAAGCUCUUCCUCUAGAGCCAGAAAGUUGACCUGCACUCGUGCUUUGCUCUAAUUAUUCAAUGAACACCAGAUAUAGCUCACUCUAUAGAUGUUUGUCAUUUUUAGAGGCUGUAUGUUUGGUAUGUACUUCUGAGUGGUAUGUGUAGACUAUUGUUGCCCCUCUGUUCAGCUUUCAGGUGGCAUUCAUGUUCAUUCUUCACUAUCUGAAUGAUGUCUGGUCUAGGAGAAGUAAUCAUAGUCUUAAUCAUAACUUUUUUAUAUCUCAUUUGAAUAUCAUAGAAAUUGAUAUGAUUAUAUAGUUAUUUUUCUCGUCAUUCAGUAUUGAUCCAUUAAGUGACAUAUAGACAUAAUCCCUACCAGGCAAAUUCUGCACAACAAGGUAAUAUAAUAUAACCUGAAAUUAAUUCUUCCUGGUAAGCAUAGCUGGCAUAAGUGUUAGGUAUCAAAUACAUAAAAAGUCUUUUCUCAUUUACCUCAAGAAUAUUUAUCUGUAAAUUUUAUAGAUCUUUAUACAUUUUCUAAGUGUUUGUAUAAAGCACCUCUCAAAAAUUGUGUAAAUCUGGAGAUUGUAAAUCUACAAAAUGUAUAGUAAUAUUGUAUUGAAAUAUUAAUGAAAUGAGAUUUGAUGGCAGAAUUCUACAAGCUCUCAUGAUUCCCUGAGAAAGCUAGAGCUUUGAUGAGAAUCUGCCUUGACCUUCUCUUUAUAGGGAGUUCCUGAAAAGACCAGAAGAUUUUUAAACUCAUAAAAGCAGUUUAUACUGGAUAAUUAUUUUAAAUAGAGAGAAACAAAAAAGAGCACGUGGCUAGAUUAGGCAAAACAAUACAAACAGGGUUUCAGUAUUACUCUUGCCAUGUACAGUGAGUCCUUGCAAUCAAACUCUUCAUUCAUCCCAUGCUUGAUUUCAACUACUACAUGGCUUUCUGGGAUGAAGAAAAUUCUGAAUCCCCUCUGAUCCUUAUUAAUUUUAUUUCUCCUACAAUGCCUGGUUGCAUAUGUCCUUCUCCCCUUGGCACUCCCUGCUCUGCCAUCCCUCUUUGCCUUUGGGACCUUCUGCCCCUUGGUGCUCAGCUGAUCACUCUGAUGGCAAAAUCUUCUGGCUCCACAUGGUUUUGCCUGACUCACUGUAUUUGAAGAGACAAAAUAGGCAAUUAAGAACAGACAAUAAAGUAGGUCAUGCCCAUCACAGAAACCAUAAUUUAAGUGCAAAGUAAUCUCUCAUCUAUAAACUUUAUAUUUUGUACCUGUGAAUGGAGGGAGAUUAAACAUAUAUGGCUCUCAAUGGUCCUUUGAAUACUGAAGUCCUGGGAAACUCAUCCCAUUAUGGUUUCUUGGAACGUAAGAAAUAUAGUUCCAUGGUCAACAUUUGUGGGUGUUAAAUGAAUGUACAAUUUAGCAUAAAGUUGCUGAUUCCAGUGUCAUUCUUUAUUUUUGGCAAAUUAGCUAUAAAUGAGUUCAAAUAAAUUCAGUGGGUAAUUACAGGGAAAAAAAUUAUCAGCAGAGACCUCACUGAACGCUGAUAUUUAGAAAUGUCCACUAAAUAAAACCUAAUGAUUCAGGUAUAUAACUUGACAUGUUGAGUUUAAUCUACCAUAGCAGUUUUUAUCUUUGCAAAAUUUAGGUUGAAAAAAAAGCCUUUGAUGUUUGAGUAUAAUUCUUUGAAACAACAUUAGAACAGAUGAAGAGCACCAGCACUUUUCAUCUCACAAUAUGUGGCACAUUAUUUACUGAAUGUGUUACAGGGGAAAAAAAGUCUACUACUAGCAGAAUGCUUCAUUUAUUUGUAAGAAUCACUGAAAAACUAACAUAACUAAAAAAGGAAACAUCACAAAUGUUGCAUUUUAUGGGGUUCACAUGUUUAUUUUUGUCAGUCUUGGUUACUUUUAUUUUUUCCCUGCGGUAAGUGGGUUUUAAGAAAGAAGGAAUUUUCUUGACAGAAUGAAGACAUAAACAGUAUUUAAAAAUAAAACAAACUCCCAUAUAUCUGCCCAAACUAUAACAUAUGGAAGAAGAAUCAUGUGUUUCUUCCCCUGGUGAAUCUGGCUUUCAACAGAUAGGAUUUCAGACACUGUGUGAGCCACAGGUUGCAUUUCUGUUGUUUUAUUUAAUACCUCUAAGCUAAUUUAAUAUCCACUCUCCAUUAAUUCUGAUGACCCUUUUUGUACCUUUUCAGACUUUUGGUCUGUAAAACAUCCUGUGGCAAUGAGCUUCUCGUAGUGAUAACCGUUGUACCAUGGAUGUUGACAGUAAUUCAAAGUUGCUUUCAAAUGGGAGUUCGUGGCAGACGUCUAAAUUUAAAUAUGUUGAGACGUUUUCCCUUGACUUUGCUGUGCUCUGGAUCAGGCUGUUUUGAACUUUGCUUGUUUAUUGGUUUAGUCAAAUGUCUUUGCAGCAUAGUAGAAAAGCAAUAAGAAAACCCCAGAAAACAGCUAUGCUCUUUUAUUGAGUGUUAGUGCAAUUUUACUUGUCCUUAAUGUUGAACUAAUUUCCUGUCAGGCAGGCAGUAGCAGUAUUUCAUUUUUUUCAUUAAAAAUAGAGAGAAAGGGAGAGAGAGAAGAAAAAAAAUAAAGGAUAUGUAGUAGAUGAUGUAGAUUACAACAGUAAUUGACAUAGUGGUUUAACAUUCCACUGGGAUACUGUAUAAAGCCUUCUGCAUUUGAAAACUGCAGUUCAACUACUGAUGUUUAGGAACAUGAACAGUGAUGGAAUCUACUUUUUUAUAAGUUAUUUGAUGGAAUCCAGAUGUGAGAAAAUGGUAUUUCAGUGAUGCGAACCACUACCAAAUACCAGUAUGUGACUUCUUCCUGGUGAUAUUUCAGUCUAAAAUUGGAAGCAAAAGAAAUUUCAGCCUUAGAUGAAAAUGGCUGCUCUCCUUAUGCCCUACCUACCCUCCCCACCCCAAUUCUAGCAAGUCACAUUUAUCAUUUAUUUCAAAUAAAUUACUGUUCUCAAAUUGUCUGUCAUCAUGUUUUGGAUCUAUAUGUUUGCAUAAUGAGUAAUUCUGAAGUAAUAUUUUAUUUAAGGAUGAAACUACCGUGUACAGACAUAAUGACUUUUCACUUCUAUGAAAGUGAAAUGCACUCAGGAAGUGCAUUUCAUUGUGUAAAUAAACACGUGAGCAGCCAAGACUCUUUAACUGCUGGCUGCCAUCUACUUCCACCCUCCUCGCUGACUACCCUCUUUCUCAAAUGCCUUCAUUCACGUCAGAUGCUGACUGACCUCUUGCAGCACACUAAAGCAUCAGAAAGGUAACUUGGCCACCAAAAGGAGUGUCUUUGGUAGCUUGGCAUGUGAAAUUACUCAGUGAUGGGACUGAUGAGAGCCAGAAAAACGGUCAGGAAAGGGCAGACCUAGCCUCUAGCAAAGCUGGCUUUGGGGGAUAUCUUUGACAUGUAUUUGGCAUGUUCAGCUUAGAACUGCAGCCCGAAUUACAUGCUUGGGCCCAUCCAGCAGGUAGUACUAUUCAAAAAAGUGUCUUUUCCUGGUGUAUUGGAUUUUCAUGGCAAGGUUUUGGUGCUUGGCGGGUGGGCAAGGCACAGGGGUGGCUUCUUUGAGAAACUGCUUGAAACUUCCCGUAUGUCUGAUACAGCCCAUGCCAGUGGCUCCAAGACAGACUCACGGUUGGCUGAGGCCAAGCCCAUCAGCGACAGUGGUGGUGCCUCUGGGAGGAUGUAUUUAAGAAGGGGGAAAAAAAUUGCACAACAGCAAUUUGAGCUGGAGAGAAGAGUGAGAAUAUGUGAAAGAUAACAGAUAACAAGGCAGAUAACAAGGUCAGUGAAGAAGGAGGUGAGGAGAAGCUCCAGACACCAGAGCAGAGAUUCCCCUGCAGCCCAUGCUGAAGACCAUGGUGAGACGGACUAUCCCCCUGCAGUCCAUGGAGGUCCACGGUGGAGAAGAGAUCUUCCUGCAACCUGAGGAGGGCCCCACACCAGAGCAGAUGGAUGUGUCUCAAGGAGUCUGGGACCCUGUGAGAAGCCCACGCUGGAGCAGGGUUCUGGCAGGACCUGUGGCCCCACGGAGAGAGGAUCCCACGCUGGAGCAGGUUUGCUGGCAGGACUUGUGACCCUGUAGGGGAUCCAUGCUGGAGCGGUUCAUGGAGAACUGCAGCCCGUGUGAAGGACUCGCAUUGGAGAAGUCAGUGGAGGUCUAACUCCUGUGGGAGGGACCCUACACUGGAGCAGGGGAAGAGUGUGUGGAGUCCUGUCCAUGAAGAAGGAAGGAGCAGCAGAGACAACGUGUCAUGAACUGACACUGCUUUUAAGAUUUCUUUUUAUUUCACACUAUUCCCCAAUUCUAGUCUGUUCUGCCCAUUAUGGCAAUUGGCGAAUGAUCUCUCCCUGUCCUUACCUUGACCCAUGAGCCUUUUGUUAUAUUUUCUCCCCUCUGUCCAGAGGAGGAGGGGAGUGAUAGAGUAGCUUUGGUGAGCACCUGAUGUCCGGCUAGGGUAAACCCCUCACAUCUGGCAAUGGAUAGCACUGUACCAAAAAGGACUGUGUUGAUAUAGGAUGUCCUAUCUGACUCAGUUAUUGGUAAUGAGAAUUGUGAGAGAUCUAAGGGUUCAUUUAUGUCAUCAGAAGCAGAUAUGCAGCUGAGAAAGGGUGACCUAAAGCAAGCUUUUGCCACAGGGCAGUGUCCAUUUUGUGGAAGAGGUGGGUCUUGUUUAAAACAAUGCGUCUCAUUUCUGGGUAUCUGUUCAAAUUACAUAGAAACUUGCCAGUAACUGGAACAGAGAAAUCACUUUGAACCCAGACCAGAGUGCAAGGUAGCUAUCAGGCAUAUUAUUGUUUCAUGUUUCUGUCACUAAAUAUAGCAAGUAACAUCCUAAGCUGUGCAUUUUUGGCAGAAGGAGCUAAUAUUCUUUCACUUUAAAAUUUGUCAAGUGUUAGGGACUCAUGGACCCCAUAUGUCUUUGCCCAGGGAGUUGGCGGUUCAGGAAUGGAACAGGGAUGAGGGACUUCCUACUGAAAGCCUGAGGUCCUUCGCAGGGUGGCAGAGCUGUCUCUGGCUGAAGUCCAGGACCUGGUCUGGAAACUUGCUUGUGUGAUGUACGGGUUAGUGACAAUUGCCUCAUGUUGACAACUGUUAGCCAGAACUUGCAUGACAUCCAUGUGACAAAUUUGAAUUCCGCCCCCCUCCCCCCGCCUUCAUUUUAAUAAAUGUCAUAAAAGAUAAACCACAACUUGGAAAUAAACUGUAUAAGAUUUGUAUGAGUUUUCUUCAUGCCAGAUUACUGUCAUCAUUGAGUUUGGUUAGAUACCCAUUCUGGUCUAAGUACCCAAGUAUCUCAAAUCCAGCCAGUUUUAGCUAAUUAGUAAUUCCUAUAAGUAUGCUUUCUUCCAUCAGGAUAACCAGAUGUUUAGGGACACUUUUGUGGUCUUCAGAAGUGUACAUGUUCUCUGAGUGCUUCUGGGCUUUGUGCUUGAUUAUUGAACCAUAAAUGUGUUGUGGUAACUUUUCUGUUGUCAACCCGGUUUUGGAUAAUGCUUGCAUAUCAGUAAGUGAGGAUGGUAUUGGCAUGAUGCUUCCUAUUUUGCUUCCACUUACCAAUUUCAAGAAGUACAGAUUUGAAAAGGUGGAUUAUAGGUGACUGCUUUUAUGUAUUAAUGGUACCUAUGGAGGGUCUCAUUAACACUCACAGCAUGGAAAAUUCCUUCAGCUACCCUACAGAGCACUGGAAAACAUGACUGCUGAGCAGGCUUUAUUGUUUAUGCUUCAUUUUUCUAAUUUAUUGUCUAAAAGGAUAUUUUUGCAGUCUUCGUAUGACAAAUAAGAUACCAUAUGGGGGAAAAAAGAGCUGGACAAAGGCAGCAGGAAUACUUAUUUGAUUCAUUUAUUUAUCACAGAUUUCUUUUUCUUUUUUUUUGGGAGUGAGAGUUUCAUUUUAAUUGUAUUCUUGUGAAUGUUUAAUUUCCAAGCUGGCAUUUGGUACAGUAUUAGAGCAGCAAUUAGUGAUAAAACAUCUUGUUGCAAUAUUUACACUAGAAAAACUAAAUUAUAUAUGUAAGAUGAAUAUAUAUAUUUUUAUAGCAGGGUUAUCUUUUCAGCUAUAGCAUGAAUUUUAUAUGCUCUUAUGAAGGUAUUCAUCCAGAUCUAAUGCUGCUACUUCUUGUUGAUAUUUGAGGGUAAUUUUUAAAUUUUAAAGUAUCUUAAUUUAAUUAAAAAUUAUUCCUUUUUAGAACAAGAAGGAAAAAUAUUUUUACGCUCAAAAAAAGAGUUCCUUCCUGCUCCUGUCUAUAAGAAGAGGAAGAUACGCCACAAUUUGGUGGUUCAAUCUGUAUUUAGUAAAGGGCAAGGAGAUCAUAGUCUUCAUUACAUACCAUAAUUCUUUGGAUUGCCAUCUACUGAAGUAUAGUGCCUGCCCCUUUCUGUCUUGCAAUUGCAUUCCUUGAUGUUUAGCUGGAAGAGCUAAAUGGCCUUCUUGUGCUAGAAGUGAUAACCACUGUUGCUCUAUAAACCAGCCAACAGUGGCACAGCAGUAUCUGGAUACACGUUACCCUGAAGGUGUUGUCUUCAGUGAUCAACACCCAGUGUACCUGCUCGAGACCUGGGAAGCUGUAGCUGCAGCUGAGCCUGUAGCUGCCGUGCCACUAUACCAGCCAACAUUUUUGCAUAGGUUGCUAAAAACCUCUGCAGCAUAGCAUACACUGGUUUCAGACAUAAUCUUAGCUUUUAAAAUGAUUUAAUACUAGAAUAUAUUUGGACUUCUUCGGUAGGAUUUUUUUUUUUUGUAAUGAGAUUGAGAAGGGAGAGGAGGAAGGGAGCAGUAUGCUGUGUGCUUGGAGAUGGUCGUAUUUCUUCUCAAGAAAGGUGGAAAGUUGACUUCCUUUAGCAUAAAUCUAAGGUCUUAAACAAGAUCGAUGAGUUUGAUUCCCUGCACUUUUGGGGCUCAUUCAUGCUUUUUUUGUUUUUCUGUUUUACAUUCUAAUGUUAUCUGCAUGAAUAGUUCAGGAAUACUUGUGUCUCUCUCAAAUGUGGCCCCUUUUCCUGCUUGUGAAAUAUACCGAUUGCUUAAUUGAUUGUUUUCCUUACAUGUGUUUAAAAAAACAACUUAAUCAAAUUGUGAAUAUUUCCUUGUGAAGGUUGAGUAUGCAGUGAUCAGUAUUUGUGCUGAGCUACUUAAUCAUGAUUUUGCAGAUAAGUUGUUAUCGGAUAAAGUUACAGGUCCUUUAUUGAUUGAAUGUGUGUGUAUUUCUGUAAAUAAUUAUGUUUGUUUAUACAUUAACACAUUUUUGCUCUGAUUUUUAAAUCUAUUAUUUAGCUUUAAAAAACAUUUAUUGUGAGAGUUUGGAAGCUAGAAGUUGCCAUCUGGCAUUGUUACCAAGAAGAUGUAUGAGAGGAGAUUCUGAUUCCAGGUAUUCCUUUUGCACAAACUCUCAGUGUUCCAUCUUGUGUGUCUUGAAUAUUAUAAUGGAGGGAGCAUAUCAGAGAAAGAUCUGCCAGAAUUUUGAAAUUUUGUAGCUUGUGACUGUGAUACAAUGAAGAUGGGUCCAUCGACUUGACAUCCUCUGGGAAAUUAGAACAUCUGUCUGGAUCUGUUCAAGAUAAGUACGAAACCAAAGGUUUUCUACAUCCCAAUCAUAAAAACACUCAGGCAGGUUUCCUAAGUCCUCCACUCCUCUUUGUUCUUACUAAUUUACAUCUGUUGGCGGUUUGGGUAGAUCAUUAUGCUUGUCACAAGGCCUUUUUUUGGCAUACAGAGAUUAAAAGAUUAGGUUCCAAGGUCUCUAAAGCAGAAGAGAAUGAGAAAGAUGUGACACUUGCAAAUGAUCCCCGCCAUUUAUCAGGACUUUCCAGGAACAUUUUAAAUAUUCAUUGCUUUCGGAAACAGACAUUUUGGUCCUUCUCAUUUAGAGAAGAUUUUUUUUUUAAUCAAAAUUUUUAUGGCUCAAGAAAAACUUGAAAACAAUUCUGAAGAAAAAUUCUAACCCUCUCCAAAAAGUAUAUGAUAUAUUUAAUGAGGGAUUUUUUGCUGGCUUUACCUUCUAGCCUGUAUUGGAAUCCAUAAGGCAGUGACUGUAGUUUCUCUCUUUAUAUCCCACAGUUUCUCAUGUAGAACUAGCAGGCUCAUAAAACCCAGGGAAAAAUGCACUAAAAUGAAGGUGGGGUGCUGCCUCCUAAAAUACAUUUGUUUAAUAUAUUUUUAACUGAUCCUGCCAUCAUUUUUCCUUUAUUAGUCUGAGGCAAUUAAACGCCCUGUUACUUUGAUUUUUGUGGAAUUAUGACUAUUUUUGUAAUCUAGUCAACUGAAUGUAUUUCUGUUACCUAUGAUAAAUGCUGAGAAUAGCAUAUAUCAAAAUGCUUUAUUUCAUUCAGUUCAGAGAAAUGUUUACUGGUGUGAAUUUAAUGGAGAUUUUAUAGGUUUGUAAUUAUGCAGUGAUACGAAGUAUCAGUGCAUAGGAUAUUAGCCAAGUGUAGAUAAUGUGUGUUUUAAAAAUGCAACAAUUUUCUUGACUUCAUUAGUUUAGGUGUGCCACAUCUUAGCGCUACUCAGCAGUGUUGGAAGAAUUGAAUUUUGCCCCCUCGAGAGCAAAGAUAAAAUGCUUUAUUUUGCCUUCAUCUAAUGAAUAGUAAAAUUCUGCUGAAGCAGAACAGCUGCUGCUCUCUGUCCUCCCUCCCCUACCCGUUGGCACAAUGGCCUCCUUUAAGUGAACUCACAGCCCCAGCAGCAACUCAGCUGUGCUUGCCUGGUCCCAGCCCCAGCAAAUAUCAGAUGUUUGUACCCUGUGCCUUUGAACGAUGGAGGGACAUUGAUUGGAAAAGGACAUAAGAGGUGCUUCACUGUCCCUGUGGCCACUGUACAACUCACUGGCCGCUCAGCAUCUCCGUGGCUAUGGAAGGAGUAGGUGAGAGCAACCACACAACCUUGUGCCCCAUAAACUGCCAGCGAGUUUCGUUACCAUCAGCACCGUGCCCUCCUUUGGGAGGGUGAUACUUCAGAUCUGCUCUCCUCCUGCCGCAUUUUGUUGCCUUUCGUAGCCUGACAGACUGAGUAAUGACCUCCUUCGAUGAUCGCUAAAUAUAACUCUGGUUAGACAUAUGUGAAAAUACAGGAGUUAAAGCACCCAGUUCAAGUAUUAAAUGAAUGUUUUAGAAAUAAAUUUCACUAAGUGGGAAAAAAACACCGUACAGCUAGAUUGGUGGUAUGGUAUGCAUUGUAAAUAGGUAUGUGCAUGUUUAUUGCUGCAUGAUUGUCUGUCAUUUUGUACUAGUCAUAUAGGGAACCAAAACUAUAAAUGAUGAGCAAAUUGCAGUAUGAUGUUCAACUAAUACUGAGUCAUCCAGAUACUUAAGUUGGCAUGAGAUCUUUAUAUCAGUUUGCAUUUUUUCCAUAGUUGUUUUUUUCCCUUCUGUUUUCUUAACCUUAUCAAGUUUUUUUACUGACUCAUAUGUUCAUUUUUCCUGAAUUUCCAUAAUGAGAGUUUGCAGAUGUCCUAAUGGAUGGAAGAGACCAUUACUUUGGAGAUGAAGACAGGAAAAUAAUAACCUUUUUUCAGCUCUGUCUUUCAAAAGCUGUUUCAUCCUUGCUGUCAUGGCAUUCUCUGAAAUAAUUUGCCCAGCUAUAUAUAAGGAAAAUAAAAAAUUAUUUCAUAACCUCAUUACAUUGGCAGUGUUAUGAGCUUUGCAAAUGUCCACUUUGUAUUUCUCGAAACAGCUGUAUUUGCAGAGCAGACCUACUCGUGUGCAGGGGGAGGGAGAACUUGCUCUAACUUGCAUCUGCUUGACAUCACAAGGCAGGCACCAUGACUGUAUCUAGAUCUUUAAAGGGUUGCACUUUCUUCAUCAGUCUUUAGGUAGCAAAUUUUCAAACAGCAGAUAUAAACCAGCUGGAAAUUCUACGGAUGCUGAUUUAAUUAAAAACACCCCAAAACAACACAGGAACUUGAUGAUAAGAAAUCAUCAAUUGUCCUUUUUAAAAAGGAUUUUAGGUAGUUUUAAGGCUUUGGACUGUGUUUUUUCUUUAGCAGCUCUCAAACAUACAGAGAUUUAACAUCUAUGCAGUGUUAAGUGUUUCUGAAGGUGAUUAUUUUGUCUUCUAUUUGUUACAGUCCAUACAAUCAGUAAUAACAAACCAUAAAUCAAAAUCUGUUGUGCCUUACUACUGACUGAUAGAAUACUGUAUUCUCCAACCAUUUAAAAAUUGCAAGAAUGAUCCUGAGGUACCAUUAAAUUAGCUUCCUGAAGGAUACAGGGUACCUUUGGAAAUUAUUUGAAUUAAAGCUUAGAUUCUUGUUUCAUUAUUUAGUUUAAGUAAUUUAUCUAUACUUAAUAUGUUUUAAGGUAUCAUCUUUCUUUAGAUUAAUAAUAUUAGUGAUAUUCAUAUAGAUGUCUUAUCAUCUGAUCUCCAGUUAGUUUAGUUAGGUUAGAGAAGAAGUUGAAAAUACGAUUCCAAAUAUACAUUUGAAACACAGUAAAUAAAUCUUAGAUUCCUCAUCUUUUGCUAUCUGACUUUGCUAAUUUACUUAAUAUUAAUUAUAACGCUAACAAUCUUGAUAUUUGGCAGGAAGGACUGUUGAUCUUUAUCUUCCUAUCUGCUAUGUAAGAACUACUAAAGUUCAUCUGAAAUUUAUUCUUAACAGGCAGAGCUACUUCACAACUGUUUUCUUUUCUUGGGAACCUGAUAGUACACCAGUUUCCAAAAUAUAUGCUGGUUUAUUAUAAAAGUUGCUUCAAAGAUUCUCUCAUUGGAAGCUGAGAUACAUUUUAAUAUUAAUAACAUGAUUACUGAGCCAGGACAGAAGUCAUGAAAGGAUUUGAAACAAUUUGGAGAAAGUAGUUGAUUCUAUGGAUCUUCACUUGUGUCUUUUGUUCUUGAGGUUACUUUAGACCAGAAGGCCUCAUUUAAAAGGAUAAAAAGGGAUUAAGAAGAGAACAGCUCUUUACUGAUGCAGAAGUGGAAUAGACAACUUCACUAAGUAUGCUGCAUCUCCACUUUUUCUUUUUUUUCAGGUGGUGGUUUAAGGUUUUUUUUUCAAGUAUUUGUCUUUAGUCAAACAGAGUAAUGAGAAACAUAUUGGAACACUGUACAGAAGAAGAGUGAAAAUAGUUUAUAUCUUUUAUUUUAAUCAUUAUAUGGGCUAGUAUUCAAAAACCUCAAAUCUGCUAAUUCUCUCAGUCACAGGGACAGAAUAUUGAAUGACAGUGGUAGAAAGGUAUAAUAAGAAAAUUUAAUUCAGGGUCUCUUUCAGUUUCCUAUUUUAUUUUAAUAUUAUAGUACCGUAUAAAAGAAUACAAGGAGAGAUAACCCGAUAAAAAUAUGCUUAAUUUGCUACCCUUAACUGAUACGCUGCUUGGGGUCUUUCCUCCUUCUACUAAAGUGACUUAAUGCAGUGGCUUUGACACAUUUUCAUAAAAUUACCUGCAGUGGUCAAGAAUCAUUAGAAGGUUAAAAAAUAUAGGCUUAGACUAUUUUGCUUGAGUGCAAAAUGUUAAGAAGAUAUUUCUAACUGUAUAAAAUAUUCUCUUUGAUUACACUUUUAUAGAUAGCACAUACUGCAAAUUUUCUCCUUACUGGUGACCCCUGGAGCCUCAUUUCUGUCAGCAGGUGUAUUGCGGAACUUGAUGCAGUACCUAGUAUUUCACAAGGCAAUAUUAAAAUAUUUUUGUUGUUCUUCAAUUUUAAGAAAAUUAAAACAUCAGAGAUAAAAUAGUUUUUAAAGCCAAAGUGAUAUUAUGUUGUGUUCUUUGUUAAUUAUUUAUUGACUUUUUAAUAUUUAUAUUAAUUUCAGAUGGGAAAAUGAAAACAGAAUACUGUAGUUUCUUUUUCGUGGCUAUGAAGCUUUAAUUUCAUAGGCCUUUUUCCUUGUCAUGCAAGGAUUGGAUUGCAAAAAUGAGAAUGUUUUUAAUAUCUGAUUCAUUGCAGGUUUAUUUAAAAUGUAGGAACUGUAGAUCCUUAUUGGCAGAGUAUAUCUGGAAUGAGUUAUGAAAAAAAAAAAACAACCCAAAAAACCCCACAAACAAACGAACAAACCAACCAACCAACCCCACAAAAGCGCCAAACCAUAAACAGUUUUAAGUGUGCCAGGACAAUGAGGUUUGUGGCUACAUCGAUAAUUUUCUGGUACCUUAAGUCAGACCAAUUUAACUCUUACUAGGCAUAUUCCUCUUUUACUUUUUCUGUACCUAGAUUUAGAUCAGAAUCAUUUUUUUAGUCUCUAGUGCAGAAAUACUUACUAUGUUUAAUAGAUUUUUUUUUUUUUUUUUAAAUUGAACUCUAUAAUCUGAACUCAUAUCUGUCUUGAUAUGUAAUUUCUGAAUACCCAGUUUCCUAGAAAAACACUUGGGUUUCAGCUCAGUGUAAACACAGAAAAAAAGCUUAGUGGCUGAACAGAAGAGUAACUAUGCAACCGAUAACAAUUUUCCCUGUGCAUGCCUGUGUGACAACAGUUUUUUGAAGUCUUGCUUGAAAAUUGAUUUCUGGUAAUGUCAACGUACACAUAUGUCAAGCAGAAUAAACUUUCUUACUGUGCUGCCAGUACCUACUACCAGAAGGUUAAACAGUUCAUUUUUCAUAUGAUCUAAGGCGUGUGUGAAAUCAGCUUUUGAAAUACAAAUGUAAAUCUAUUUGGUGUGGAUUGGCUGCAUUUGGAGGCUGUGGCAUUUUAGGGCUGGGAAGAGGGAGGCUGGAGACUGUAAAGAAUUGGACAGGUUUGGGGAGAGCGAUCCAGUUUUGAAUUACUUUGGCAGAAUAUGUGAAAUGUUUCUGAGAUGUUUACUGAUGGCUUGGCUAGGAGGGAAUGGUAGCCACGAGGAAAUUGAUCUGUGUAUAGAACUUGGGCUACCUGACCAGGGAACUGUAUGUUUCUCUAAUAUAAAUUCUUCAGGAUGAAUUGCUGUCCCAUAGAAGACUGUCAUCUAACCUGAGUGUACCUUUGAUAUUUUACUGUUUCUGUCUAGCUGCUUUGUUUCCAUCUGUGCAUGUCUGACUUUCUCAACCAUGCGAGAAUUAAAUAUGCUCCUUGAAUAGUAUAAGUGCAUAGAGAGGAUCCUGAUUAAAAUUAUGCGCUAUCCUCCUCCUCAUCACCUGUGAGAAAAAUUCCAUCUUGUGGAAUUCAUACUUCAGUCAUAUGUAACUAACCCUGAAUUUAAUGUAGAGAAAUAUACACUCAUCCAUGUAGUGUGUUUCUACCUGGAUGAGUUAUUCCUUAGUGAUCUGUUUCCCAGCAUUGUGUUUGAAUAGGUGGAAUAAGUGAGUAGGGGAAAGGUUGGUAUUGAGAAAUGAAGGCAUAUAUUUCAAACAAUUAAUUAAUUUUAUAACAUUCUUAAAUAUUUUUAGCAUUGUACUUAUGUACUAAUUCUUAGGAUUUUUCUUUUUCAUUCUUAUUCAGAUGAUAGUUUUAAAGGAACUGUAUAAAUGUUUGGAUUUUGAAAUCACUGAUUAUUAUUAGUCACUAAGUUUUCAGUCAGUGAAUAGUGUUUCUUCAAUUUUUUAACAUCUGCUAAAUAACAGAAGGCAAAGAACUAUGGAUGGAGUAAUUCUAGAAUUGCAUUCAACAGGACUUAUGAAAUUAAUUCAUUCUUGGAACAUUGCUGAUUUGGAACCAUAUCUAUUAUUUCAUGGUGGAUGUCCCAUUAUAAAUGAACAAAUAUAAUAUGGCAUGAUAAAUAUCAAAGGCUCCUGUUUUAUUCAGUGAAUCAUAUAGGUAUUAAAUAUAUAAAUUAACUAAUGAAGAGGUCUUAAGUUCAGACUAGAGUAGUAAAUGCCUAAUAAAAUCUUAGAGUAUCUUCUUGCUGGAGCUCAAGAAGAAAAUCCAGCUCCCUCAAUCCAAAUAUGUGAAGCCUAAUGCAUAUAUACCCUAAAAAUUUCUGUGGUGUGCUAUUCUGGCAGGUUAAAGGGGCUUUUAAUGUAUAAAGGUUAUACUUACAUCUUUAUGGACUGAAGUCUUUCGGUGAGGCAAGACUGGAAAUGUAAUAUCAUACUACGCUCAGGUCUCAAGCACAGAAAACAAGGAAAGCUUGUCAGUAUCUAAUGACUGUAUAUUGUCUCUGCUACUUAGAUGCUUUUGAAUAUUCUCAACUAAGUUAGAAGUUUUGUAGGUUUUUACCUACACUUUCUACUCACUGAUGGUGCCGCUUAGUCUAAUUUUAUGUAGGCUAAAAUCCACGUGGUAACAGAUUUCAGUUUCUGAAAUGCUCAAUCCAAGCCAGCAAUGCUCACUGUAGUGGUGGUAAGUCUUGUAAAAUAUCUUACUGUCUUCAGGCCAAAAACAUUCUUUAGGCAAUGUGAUAUUGUUAUUCUGUUGUUUUUUCCCCUGCCCUUCCUUUUUCUGCAUUUUUACAAAAUGUAAAUUAUCCAACAUAACAUGAGCUGGGAGAGGAAGUGGUUACAUUUUUUUAAUUAAAAAAAAAAAAAAGGCAUUCUGUUGUCACAUCUCACGUCUGUGCCCAUUGCUUAUUAUAAUAUGGUUCGUUAUGAUAUUCAGAGGAUUUCUGAUCAACAAAUUUAGUUGAAAUCUCACCAUUAUCUUUCGAGUUCAUGGCAGGCAUUUUUUACCUGCGGGCUGCUUGCUCAUGUGAAAGCAAGCACAUUUUACAUUUAAAAGCACUUCAGUUUUUGCUUGGAUUAAGUUGCUCCUGCAGCUGGCAAAGUCAGGAUGACCUCAAGGCUUUACAGAUAAAUAUGUUUGCUAUAUUUUCAUUUAACUAAACAUGGAAAUUGGUAAACAUAAAAAUUGUCUUUUAAAAAAUAAAAACACCAAAUAUGCCCCAAAAUGAAAACAAACAGAGAUUAAAAAUAACUUCUGUCUGGUAUGCCAAUUUUAUCAUUUCACAUAGCAAACAUAAUUUUCAUUUAAUCUCAUUUAUAGUGAGAUUUGAAACUUAUAAAACGUGGCUACAAAUCUGCAACUUUUAAUUCAGCUUAAUCUCAGUGAUUUUCAGAGCUGCAUCUGUAAGUAAAAACAUCCCCUCAUGUUACCACAUGGCCAGCAUUUGUAAGGUGAAGGUUUUAAUUUGGCCUGCUAUGGAGAGAAGCAAGAUAAAAUGUAACUGCUUAAUCAGCAAUGAAUAGUGUGUAUGCAGUGCAGUUUACCUUUGUGGUGGGCAGACACAGUAAACAACUUUGUUAUUUUUCUUUGAUUGUGACUGUUGGAGGAAAUAUAAAAAAUGGAGUUAAGGAAGAGAGACUUAUAUUCUUUAGAACAUGAAGCACAAUGUUAAUGUAGUGCUUAACUUCCAAAAAAAGUACGUUUGCUAAAUAUGAGUUUGUUUUUCUUUAGACUUCCAUUAAAUUUCUUUAUAGCCUCUUUACAGAAAUUUUUAAAAUUAUAGGUUCAUUGAUGUAAUUGUGUAGUAUAAACUGUUGUGUUUCAUUUGAACAUUUUGAGUAGGGUUUUUUUUUGUUUUAAUGCUUCUUCAGUCUUUCCAUCUAUUACCUUUUUUUUUUUUUUUUAAUAAUACUGGGUUGUGGUUUGAUUUAAAGUGUAUAAUAAUUCUAAACUUUCAUAAGGACCAUUUUAGAAAUAUGACAUGUGUGGUAAAUUCAUUAUUUCUGAUAUUGAUUAGGUGGGUGUGUUUGACUGUUGUUAGAAAGCUGGUUUUCCUCUAAAUUCUAUUUAUUUAAGCAGCAUACCUUAGAGAGUAGCAGUGUACUCCAUUUACUGCUGCAGCAUGCAAAGUUUCUCGUAUAUUAUGCUUUACUAAAGUACGUUUUAGUUAUUUUGCAUUUUUGUCUAGAGAAAAUACAAUUAUUUCUUUACACAAGUCCAAAUCAUAUUCGUUCCUGUCCAGUUGUGUUCCAAAAUGGGAUUUUUUGAGGUGACUGAAAUUCUUUAGAUAUGCCAGUCUUAAAAAAAAAAUGUUACAACUAAUGGUCUGAGUACAUUAUGCAGUAUGUGAGCUAACAUGAUGAUGCUAUCUCAGCAGCCCAUUUAGAACUACUUUACACAUCUCUGUGAUGCACUGACAGCAGAAAAUCACUUGCAAAAAAUUCAUGAUAUGAGUUUUGUCUAUGCUUAUUAAGUGUGUACCAAAAAAGUAGACUGUAUAUCUGCAGAAAUGAGUUAAUUUCUUAGUUAUAUAGUGUGAUUUUUCAAUGACAUACUUCACGGAUUUCUCAAGCCAUUCAAGUUCUGACAAAGCAGACUGCCUCAUUACAUCUUUUAAUGUCUGUUCACGAAUUCAUGUGCAUGGUGUUUUUUUUUCUUGAUGCAGCAACAGUGGAGACAAGAAUAUCAAUGAAGCAAGAAAGUAUCUCUGAGAACUUAAAAAAGUUAUCAGGAAAACUCAGCCAAAUAGAGUGUUUAGUAUUAUUUAAUCAGUUAAAAACAAGAAUUAGCAAAUAAUUGAUGGCCAGGUUUGAGAAGGUAUUUUGGUGCCUAAAUGCAUGAGUAAGAAAAUGGCAUCUGGUUCCGUUCAAGAAGGGCACCUGUUUGCUAUUUGCAUAUGAACUUUCUAAGCUUCCACUGUGACUAGGGAAGAUCUACCCCAUGUCCAGGCUUAAGAGUAAAGCCGCCAUCAUUCAUGUAAAAUCGUGACUUAACACAGACAUGUUUCUGUGUCUGCUGUCAGGGAGCAGCAAGAGCAAGGCAGUUCUGUGAGGGGCUUGAGCCAAGAGGGGACCCUGUGCCCUCACCGAGGGGUGCAAGCAUGGCAGCAGAGCCAGGUCUGGUGUUGGGGUCUAUCGACAGCUUCCCACACAGCAAGUGAUGAGCCAGGGCCAGAGGCCAUCACUGGAGUCCCAUCAGCAGUAAACACUGAUGAGACCAGGGACAGGGCUGGAAACAGUCUGAAAUGGGGAUCUGAAGUCCAUCCAUGUGAGAGGGCUAGGGACACCUGCCCCCAGCAUCGCUAGGGCAGGGACUGAUGGUCCCAGGCUGAAAUGGGGCUCCUGGGCAGUGGGCAGGGUGGGGGGAAGCCCCAGAGGAGGCAAGCAGGGGCAUUAAGGCCUCUGGGUCCCCUCAGGGCCCGGACAUUGGUUUAAAAAACAAACAAACAAAACCAACAUAUGCACCACUAAUAGUCUGAUGUUGUUUAUAAAUCUAGAAGUGUAAGUUGCCAUCUUGCCUGUUCAAGUCCAAACAUGUAUGCAUCAGAGAUUUCAAAUAACGCAAAUAGCUUUCAUUAUAUUUUUCCUCAAGAACUGACAGGAUAAGUAGGCAAAUUCUAAGCAUUCUUUCAAGAUUAUAGUAACGUUAUAAAAAUCAAUUUCUUUGCUUGAAAUUUUAUUGCACUUCUGGAGAAGUAAAUAUAUAGAGAAUAUCAUGUUAAAUCUGAAAAAAUCAUACAAGGACCAACAAAUUAGGGGGUAUGGAAGAUUAUCCAGGGCUUAAUUGGGAAAAAAUGUUGCCGCUAUUUUCCCUGCACUUGAUAGUUAUGAGAAAUCCCUGGUAUUACUGUCAUUGCUUAAAUUUAUCUAACUUUGACAAUGGUGAUCAUUUAGCUUAUGCAUUUCCAUUUCUUAGAUGCAAACAGUUUUUUUUUGUUGUACCUGAAAAUAUAAAGAUUGGCGAUUAUUGGUCUACUUCUACUACCAUAGAAGUUAAAAUGUUACUGAGAAUGAACAAACAAAGACAGAGAAACCCGGAGAACUAGUUGAUAUCACGAAUGUUUUGCUUUCUGCAUGACUUUUCUUUGGUGAUGAUACAGUUCCAAUAAUACAUAUUUUAACACAAUUUUUUUUUCCACUAAAUAUAUAAACUUCACAGAAAAAAUGUUUUUAUUUUGCUCUGCUUCACAUUGUUUUUCAGCUUGGAAGUAUUCCAGUGUCGAACUAGUAACUAAAGAAACCUUAAAGAUAUACAGGUCCAGGCCAUGUGUGGAUCUGCCUUGAUUUUUCAGUUUUGCGUGCUGCUUUCUUUCACUGCUGCAUUUCCAGUCCUUAAGAACAAUGAUAUUGAAAUCUUCUUGUUUCUGGGACUUCUGGACUUGCUAACUGGAGCAGAAAUUCUUCCACAUGGUAGUGCAGUGUGGUCACAUCAGCAGGACUCUGCGGUUUGCUGUUCUCCAGUAAUGUUCUGUGGUUGAAUUGAUAUGAGGAUCACUCUGAAAAGUUUGUGCGCUCAGUUUCAAGAUAAUGAUACAUUAUAGCAAAGAAACAAUAUUUCGAUCUAAGAGAUGGCAUCUGAUAACGUGGUAGCUGGCUAAUUUUGUGUGAAUAGGUUUGCUUUCGUUAAUUGAAAUAAUGAAAAGAAAGAAAACACAAUAUAUACUGCUUACUUAGGGUUAAGUACUUUGUAGUGUUAUAUAUACUCUUCAAGUUAGUAAGCUGGAAGUCCAUUGCAUGGUAAUUGUACAUGUUUAACAGGGCUAUGACUGUAGAGCAGAAUCAUAGAAAAGUUUGGGUGGGAAGAGACCUUCGAAGGUCACCUAGUGCAAACCCCCAGCAAUGAGCAGGGACAUCUGCAACUAGAUCAGGUUACUCAGAGCCCCAUCCAGCCUGGCCUUGAAUGUUUCCAGGGAUGGGGCAUCUACCACCUAGUGUAUUAUUUCUAAACACUUGAUUGAUAGUAUUAAAAUAUUCAAUGAGUAGAGAAUUAUACUCUUCUAGUAUACGGGAAAAUGCUAUACUUAUUGAUGCCUCCGAUUUAGAAAUACUCAUUAAUGAAAACUUAGUGUAUGAUGAGUGACUCUCAAUCUUUUUAGAGAAAUGAAAGAUUAACAAGCCUAAUAGUUGCAGUUAGCAAGACUAGUUUCUUCUUUUAUGAUAGAAGGUUUACAGUGUAGUGACCUAUAAAACUGGCUGCCAUCCGAACCUCCUGUUUUACAGUUGCUACUGGACUGUUUGCCUAGCAACUUACUUAAUGGACCCAUAGGGAAUUUAGACUUACAACUAAAUGAGGGUAGAAUGCUGAAGAGAAAGACCACAACAGUUCAGGUAGGGGAAAAAUAAAGAGAAGAAAGCAUUUUUUUUUUUUUUUUUUUUUUUUUUUUUUGCAGCUCCUGCCUACUUUUCCUUUCACUUGCUUUCUAGAUAUAUAGAUAUAAAACAUUAAAGUUCUGACUAUGAAUUUAAGGAGGUAAACUUCUGUUUAUUUUGUUGUCUUAAAGUAUAAGUGUUUUUUUCCUUCCCCCUCCUGCAUCCAAGUUUUUGUUUAAUGAAGUUGUCUUGGAUGAAAAGAGUCUUUGAAAGUAAAAUGAGUGAGUUGUGAGGAGACCAAAAAAAAAAAAAAAAAGCCUGGCAGAAAUAAGCAAGGGAAUUUCUGCUGAUAAUAGAUGUCCUUGGCUCUAUUUGUCAGUCUUUCAAGGAAACUGCUAUCUAAUAAAGGUUUUCUAUGAGCUUGCCUACUAAAUUAAAAAACAUCCCUGCAAAGGAAAUGUGUCUUUCAACUUUUUAUGUGACGUCUUAGGUGAUGUCUUAGAUAUAAAUCAAAACACAUAUCAAUUCUUUAUAUGUGGGAAGGUAAUACUUUGAGACAGUUGAAAUCUAAAUUAAGUUUUGGUGAGUCUUUUUUCUAAAUCUCCCUCCUAGAUACACAUCUCAAUUUGUUUUCUUCAAAAAAUAUUCUGUCUGUUUUUUUCAAAUUUAUUCAGUGAGAGGUUUUGCUGAGUUUUAAGUCACAGAUAGUGGCAGACAUUGGUUGGAGGUAAUUUGUUUUAGUGUUUUCUACAUAACAUAUGGAUCAAUCAGGUAAAAUAAAAAUGCAACCCCUUUUUUAUCAUGGCCUUCUGACUCUGGAUUGUAAAAUUGCGUCAGAAGGUUCUCCAUAUUUUAUUUUUUUAAUUAAAAAAGUUAAACUGUUUGAACUAUAUGCUCAGUAAGUUGAGUUCAGGGACUGAAGUUGUGUGAUUUGUAGGAUGUUAGACUGGAUUAUGUCAGUAACAGUGUCACUCUGAAAAUCUAUUAGUACUGUUGUAAGAUAAUCACCAAGCUCAUUCCGUGUGCAAACAGCUUGGGACUAUAGGACAAUAUUAUCUUAUAUGCAGUGCUGCAAAAACUUGUCCAUGCUACUUCAAAGUACUGCUUGGGUCUAAAAAUGGGCUGCUUUCAUUUCAAAAGGCAAAAUGGCUGUCCCUUGUGUAUCCUACAGCGUCCUUGCUGCAGGUUGUGUUCACUGCCCUCUCCAGUGCCUAGAUGUCCUUGUGAGGAAGCCAGAACAAAUAAUUGGGGAACCUCAUCAAAUCGCCCAGAUUAGGUUAUAGAUUAUCCAGAGUAUUUUCUUUUUCCCCAUGGAUGACUGAGAACUGACUAUGCUUGAGAAGGUCUUAUCUCUUAAAAGUUAUUCCUAACACUUUUGGAUCCUGGGCAUUAUAAUUGUGAAAGUUACGACUUAGCUUGUUUUAUACCACUACCACCGCCCUCCCCAGACAUUUCCUUCUAUGUUACUACUGGCUUGUCUUCACUCGUGAAGCACAAGUGAAGCACAUAAGCAUUGUGUUGGUUUUCAUGUUUUAAUUACUGCUGUCUGAGAAGGGUUACCUGACACAGUAUCAAAAAUCCCCCUACUGGACCUGAAUCUAUUAUAUUUAGCUAAAAUGACUUUUUGGAAAGAAAAACUUUCCCUGAGACAUUGUUAAAUUUGUUAUAAAAUAGCCAUGUUACUAUUUAUUUUUCCCCACUUGAUGACCUAAAUAAAUAAAUCCGCAGCUGUUGGGAUUUUUUUGUUUGUUUUUAAAAUUUUUUUAAACCUAGACCAUGCUCUGUAAUAUUUUUAUAUUCUCAGCAUCACAAAGAAGAAUUACUUUUUUGCUUUCUAUAAAAAUUAGCAACUAGCAAUCCAUGUUGGAAAAAUGUAAGCUAAAUUAUUUAUUUUCUGGUGCUUUCAAACAGGAGACUCUUUUUCCCAUUCACAGAAGAAUACAUUAGUGUGACUAGCAUAUAUACGAUUGUUUCCUUCAGAACAAUAUAUAUUUAUAAAAAGCAAGUGGUGCUCUGGUAUGCUACAGAAAAGUCCUAUGACUGAUGGUGCAAGGUAGCCUGAAGAAUUUAAAAGUGAGAAUAAAGGAUUCAAAGAAGACAUAUGAUACAAUUAAUUCAAGUUUUCAGAGUUUGUCUAGGGAGGGCUGUGAGCAGCCUGAUCAAACUAUGAAGUUAGCAAUGAUUUGAGCAGGAUGAUCUCUGCAGGUCCCUCCCAAUCAAAAUUAUUCCAUGAUUCAUUUCCAGUAAAUUUAUCAAAAUUAUUCCAUGAUUUAUUUCCAGUAAACUUAGAUCAAAAGAAUGAUUUUUUUAUUUUAUUUUUAUUCCUUCUGGGAUAACAUCCAUUGUAGUGAUUAAAUAUUUGGGUUUAUUUAUCCUUUAUAAGCUCACCAUAAAAAUGGGUAAUUCAAGAAAAGUUUAUAGGAAAUUAAGCUAGAAAGUUUCUACUACGGUUGUGAUUUAACGUCACCUGGGAAGGAUUUUUCUUAUAUUUUGGCUUAAUCAAAAUGUGACAGCUGUAAAGUGGGGUCACCUUUUGCUUCUGUAAUUGGUUACGCUGCCUGGUAGUAACAUCCAUAAUGGAAGAAAGUAGAUUGUUUUCUCACAAGAACUUCACACAUGAUUUAUUUUCUUCAUCAGAUUCUUUUUUCAAUUUAGCUGUUCUAUAAAAUAAGAGAUGUAUACAUCAUUUACAGUUCUAAAAUUUAUUGCUCUAAUCAUGACACUUGUAGAUGGCAUAGCGCGACUUAUUUUGUAUUAUAAAUUUCUGUGCAAAAUGGUGACAGAAUAUAACAGAAUAUAACAACAACAACUGGUUCUUUGAAUACCCUUAUUUGUAGCUGGAGCAGCAAAACGAGAUUUGUCCUUUUGGUAGGUGCAGCUUGCAGGUCGGCACUAAUUGUAUGAAUGCACACAUUUCAAAUAAUAAAACUUUUUGAAAUUUUGAAGAUCAUGAGAUUAGUAAAAAUUAAGAAAAAUGGAAUAAUGCAGAUUUUAAUAAUCCAGAAGAGACAGAGUAUAUCUAAAUUUUGACAUUAUUUGAGAAAAAUAAGACUCAACCCCAUAGUAAGACUUUCUCAAAACUAAGUGACACCUUGAGUGUUCCCAAGUAAAUGUGGCAGAUUCUAUUAAAAUUGCCUUAUUGCUGUUGAUUCUGUACGGAUGGUACUCAGAUACUGUGGUAGUAAUUCUAAGAUGAGACUGGAGAGAUCAGAUAAAUGAAGGUGUAAGGUUGAGGGUUCUUUUUUAGUAUGGAAAUUAGUAAAUGAAUAUCUUGUUCUAACGUUUCAGCUGUUUAAGAAUGGUGAUAUUGAAGAGGAGACAAAUUUCGUAUGUAAUAACAAAUUAUGUUAUGGGAUAAUACAAUGUAAAACUGAGGAAUGC